AUGGAUGGGUUUUACCCCUCGGCAGGAGGAGCUGGGCAGGACGGGCUCAGUGCCACCGGCUGGGCAGCCCAAAGCCACUCCCCGCUGUCCCUGCGGGUGGUGACAGCCACCUGCCUGUCCCUCCUCAUCCUCACCACGCUGCUGGGGAACGCCCUGGUGUGCCUGGCCGUGCUCAGGUUCCCACACCUGCGCUCCAAGGUCACCAACCUCUUCGUGGUCUCCUUGGCCGUGUCCGACCUGCUGGUGGCCGUGCUGGUGAUGCCCUGGAGAGCUGCCAGCGAUGUGCUGGGCUUCUGGCCCUUCGGGGCCUUCUGUGACCUCUGGGUGGCCUUUGACAUCACGUGCUGCACGGCCUCCAUCCUUCACCUGUGCCUCAUCAGCGUCGAGCGCUACUGGGCCAUUGCCGAGCCCUUCCGACACCAGAGGAGGGUGACACAGCGCCUGGCCUUCGUCACCAUCGCGGUGGCUUGGCUGCUGUCCCUCCUCAUCUCCUUCCUCCCCGUGCAGCUGCAGUGGCACAAGGCCCGCGAGCAGCUGGGGUUUAACGGCUCUGCGGAGGAGGGGAGCUGUGAUCCCAGCCUCAGCAGGACCUACGCCAUCUCCUCGUCCCUCAUCAGCUUCUACAUCCCCGUGGCCAUCAUGCUGGGCACCUACGGGCGCCUCUUCCGCCUGGCCCGGCGCCAGCUCCGCGGCAUCUCCUCCCUGGAGACCCCGGUGGGACAGAGCGACCACCCUCGGGAAACCUCCCUGAAAAACUCCCUCAAGAAGGAGACCAAGGUGCUGCAGACCCUCUCCAUCAUCGUGGGCGUCUUCGUGUGCUGCUGGCUGCCCUUCUUCGUGCUCAACUGCCUGGUGCCCUUCUGCGACCCCGAUCUCCACGUCCCGGGAGCGUCGCCGUGCGUCAGCAGGGCCGUGCUCAGCACCUUCACCUGGCUGGGCUGGGCCAACUCUGCCCUCAACCCCAUCAUCUACGCCUUCAACGCCGAGUUCCGCGCCGCUUUCGCCUCCCUGCUGGGCUGGGGCUGCCUGUGCCGCGGCGGCGCCGUGGAGACGGUGACCUUCAGCAACGAGCUGGUGUCCUUCCACCCCGACACCUCCGGGCCGGUGGCUCUGCAGGGCCUCAGCCCGCCCCAGCUGCUGCCCCAGGCCGUGCUGCAGGUGGAGAGCCCCGAGGUGGCCUUGGAGAGGGUUUCUCUGGGCUCCUCCCCACCUCAGAAGGCCCUUCCUGAGUGUGGGACCCCCGUCUGGCUGGGGAGGGUUCCCCCUCUGGCCAGCAGCACCUUCCAUUGA